GUGAGCCCAGGAAACAAGAGCAGAGGGACUGAAAUGAACGUUUUCGUCUGUUUUCCUCUCACAAGAAAAAUAUCCACACGGUGCCGUGACAGAAGUUAGACCGUGAAGACAACAGCGAGUUAGACACUCAGAGACACAGGGACACACAGAGACACAGCUGUCCUGACACACAGGUGAGUGAAACACCAUGACGACGCUUCUGGACCUCAAGAGCAGUGUGCUGCGGCAGGUGCAGCGGAGCCAGUCGCUGAGGAGCCGACGGGAGACGUCGCCCUCGGCCAGCAGCCCCCUCACACCAUAUCCCGAGCCCUUACCUCGCAGGAUUUCCGAGGAGAGCGUGGAGUUCUUUGAGCGCAUGAACGCUGUCCUCCAGAAGCAGGAGAACAUGCUGCGGGCCGCGGACGCCGAGUGUGAAAGUGGAGCCUGCACUGUGCCGCCGCCCCAGGAACACGUGGACCAGGCCUUCAUCUCCGACAGAAUCAGCAGGACAGAGCUGGACCUGCUUUAUGAGGAAGCUGUGUACACAGUGGUCAACAGGGUCGGCGUGCCUUCAACGGAGCACGUGAAAAGUGACGAAGAGCUCUUCACAUACUUGCCCAAGGUGUUUGAUAUGGGCGAGGAGGAACAUGACAUCAUUCUCCAAAAAGUCCAAGAAUCCAAGAGAGCCAGCUUUUCUUUGAGAGUCUCCGUUAUGAAGGCAAAGAAUCUGAUGGCCAAGGACGCAAACGGGUACAGUGACCCCUACUGCAUGCUGGGAAUCCUGGUGGGCCAGAGUCCCCGGGAGAUGGAGGAGAAGAAGGAGAGAAAGUUCAGCUUCAGGAAGAGGAGGGAGAAGCUGGAGAAGCGAUCCAGCACCAAGGAGGUGUUGCCCGCCAGGUGCAUCCAGGUGACCGAGGUCAAACCGGAGACUCUCAACCCAGUGUGGGACGAGCACUUUGUGUUUGAAAUAGAUGACGUCCACAAUGACCUCCUACAUCUGGACAUAUGGGACCACGACGAUGACGUGUCUGUCGCCGAAGCCUGCAAAAAGCUCAAUGAAGUCAGUGGACUUCGAGGAAUGGGCAGGUAUUUCAAGCAGAUAGCGAAGUCGGUGCGUGCCAACGGCUCCGCGUCCUCUGGCUCCGAGGAGAACGCCGACGACUUCCUCGGCUGCAUUAACAUCUCUUUGAACGAGGUUCCUGUCAUCGGUUACGACACAUGGUUCAAACUGGAGCCACGGUCGAGUGCAUCCAAAGUUCAGGGAGAGUGUCACCUGAUGCUGAAGCUCUUCACCAACCAGAGAGACACAACUUUAUCCAAGAAGGAAUCAAACAUCUCCAUUCACAAGAAACUGCUGAGUCAGAUUGUGGAGUAUGAGCAUGCACAUGUUAAGAGAGAGCCCUACAACUGGAACGGACAGGUUUGUCCUCCAGCCUGGACUGUGCUGACUCACCACGCGGUGCAGACUGAUCUCUCACCUCUCCAACAGGCCAUUAUUCGCUGGCAGUGCUACAGCGGCCACCAUCGGACCCAGAGGGUGUGCUACUCCCUGCUGCUGCGCCUCCUGAGAACCAUCGAUGCAGAGUGGGACCCUCCCACUGUGAGGGGAGACCUGGAGAGGCAGCUGUCAGACAGCUUCAGGCUGUACACAGAGCACUGCCUGUGCCUGAUGAAGAACAUGCGUCAGGUUUUCCCCUGCACCAGCGCCGCUGCCAUUACGCGCUACGAGCUCAUGCUGAGGGGGAUUGGCUACAUGCAAAACAUGCGUGCGUUUAAGACUGUAUGCCCCCUACGAAAUGAGCUGCAUUUGGACAUCACCACCGCUGUCAAGAAAGGGACAGCAGAGUGGUACGAGAGCUUGAUUGCACGUUAUAAACUAGAGGUUGGGACUCUGGAAGAGCAGCUGAAGAAGCUGGUCCAGGUGGUGGACGCCGUGUGUGCCGACGUACAGAGAGCCCAGAGAAUCUACAACAAACUCUUCUACAGUGCUGUGAAAGUAGAUUUCCUCAGCAUAUCAUACAGACAGUUGGAGAAGCAGGUGGCCGACGACGUGAAUGGCGCGAUGGAGCGAGUGUGUGGGACGCUGGAGCAGGAGAGUUCCAAACUGACUCAAACCAUGGGCGAGACCAUCUACGAGCUCUUCAUGUCUUUGAAAAUCCUCAAAGGCUUCCGGGAGUUUCUUCCACUCAAGGAUGCUAAAAUGUUGGCCCUGACGGGCUUCCAUAACUGGUUCAAAUCCUCCAUUCACAAGUGGCUGCAGAUCAUUCACGACAGAUCGUGUGACAGGAUCCGUAAAGCAGUGGAGUCAGACAAGCUGGAGUCCGUGCAGCAGGCCCGACACAGCUCCUCCGCAGUCGAGGUGACAACCUGCUUCAGCCAGGUACGGGAGAUCUGGCUCCAGAUGGCCUGGCCAGACUCUGCGGGGGCCUUCAUCUUCGUCACUCGACUGACAGACAACUUCUGCAGUGAGGCCGUUUGCUACUCAGAGAUGAUAACGCGCAAGAUUGAGAGGAACCAGCUGGGCCGAGACCACAAGAGCUUCACAGUGCAGCUCUGCGUCGCCCUGAACAACACGGAGCACGUUCGAGUUUUCCUGGGCCACUUGCCCCAGGACUUGGACUGGCAAGGUGUGGAGCGGGCGAUGGAGGAGUCCUGCGGCGUGGACGGGAAGGAUCAGGUGUACAAGGCCCUCAAUGGGCAGCUGUUCAACAUGGACCUGGACCUGCAGAGAGAGGCCAAGCGCCUCAUCGCGCUGCUCACUGACAAGAUGAUGCCUGAGCUGCGGAGGUACAUCCAGCACAUCAGCCUUUCACCCGACUCCAUCAACAAUGACGACGCUGUGUCUCCUCUCAUGAAGUAUCUGCAGGACACGAUGCUCAUUCUCACUGAAAACCUUGUAAAGGAAAACCUGACGAGAGCUCUCCAGAGCAUGUGGGAGCUGCUCCUGCGAAUGAUCCUGGACACGGUCGUGGAGAACAGAGGCGUCCAGGUGGAGUUCUACAACCGCUUCCAGUACACGGUGGAGACGGUGUUGCAGUUUUUCCACGCUAAUGGACAGCGUCUUUCCCUGGAAGACAUGAAGAGUGGCGACUACAAGGUCCUGGACGAGGAGCUGCGGCUGAAUAAAUGCUCCUCCUUUGAGCUGAUUGAACAGUACUACCUGGAGAAGAUUUCCCACCAAAAAACACUCAAACAUACCCGUUACGGUCGGAUCAGCGUCAAGUGCUACUACGAUGCUCCAGAACAGAGACUGACGGUGGAGAUUCUUCACGCCGCCGAUAUCAUCGCACUGGACGCCAACGGUCUGAGCGACCCGUUUGUCAUCGUGGAGCUCUGUCCUCACCACCUCUUCCCCAUGGCCAAGAGUCAACGCACGCAAGUGAAGCUCAAGACGCUGCACCCGGUGUUUGACGAACUCUUUUACUUCCACGUCAGUCCUGAACAGUACAGACACAGGUUUGCCUGCUUGACCUUCACUGUGAUGGACUACGACUGGCUCUCCACCAACGACUUCGCCGGCGAAGCCCUGGCUCCCCUGAGCGACUUCUGCUGGCCGGGGAGACCGAACGCCUCGGCAGCCGGGAAGAGCGUGCAGCCGGCCAUUCUGCACCUGUCUCGCAGUAAACCCAGCGAGAAGCCAAUCAUGAGGAUGCUGGAAGCUCGCGUCGGAGACAGGGAGGCUCAGGAGUUUGUCCGCAGGCUGAAGGAGAUUGAGAAGUCGAUGGAGGAGGAGUGAAAUCCAUCAGCGCUGCCCCGUGUCCGUGUUUCCUGACCUCGUCUUGCAACCUGUGCUUUUUGUACCGGUACGAUGUUUACAAUAUUUAUUUAUUUAUUUACCCCCCCCCCCCCCCCGAUGUUAUUGUUUGUUGGGUAAUUACACCAAAACAAGACAAAGAAAAAGGAAACCGCUGAGGUUUUCCAACUGCGAAAAGAACAUCCUGUCACUGUGCAACCCGACGCUGUCUCAACUUAGACUCUAUUUUAGAACUUAGACGAUCCUAAAUGUUACUAGUCUAUAUUUUUUUGGUAACAAGGUAAUGUUCUAUUUGUUGUACGAUCUUUAUUAUGAUAGAAUUCACAUUUUAGAACUAUUUUGUGGAAGUAGCUUACAUAUCCAAUUGUGCUGAGUCAAAGUCUUUACCUCAGAUUAUGCUCAUUAGUCGCGGGCGGGUGUUUAACAGAUUCAUGUUCCUCACGAUGAUGAUGAUGAUGAUGAUGACGACGGAGAUACUUUAGUAGAAUGUGAAAAAAAACGAAACAAAUCGUCGUUGUUUACCGCCAACAAAAAAAGCUGUGAAUUUAAAACCUACUGUGACAAAGAAGUGACACAGUUUGCAGGGGAAAUUCUCUUUGUGAGAGUGGGUGUUUUUUACGUCUGACAGAUCAGCAGUCAGUGGAACACAGGCCUGCAGGCAGACGCCACAGCUCGGGUUCAUUUUGACUCUUCACACUGGUCUUUGAAAAAGCCUGUGACCAAAGAACCAAUAUUCUUUUAACUCCUCCUCACUUCUCUCUUUCCACCUGACAGCAGUCUGUGACUUGAGCAUCUCUCCAGACACCUUAGUGACAUCUUAUCUUGACUCUGUUUAUGGAGAGGGUUUUGAUACUGGAUUUAAAGAGGGGCAGAGACUCAGAGUCGCGGAUGUAUGGUGGGAGUGAAUUCCAGAGAUGGGGAGCAGAGCGGCUGAAAGCUCUGGUGCUGAGGCGGGCGCAGGGUACAGUGAGGUGGAGAAGGUCGGAGAAGGUCAGAGAGAUACGGAGGGGUGAGGUUGUGGAUGGACUUGAAAGCAUACAGGAGGAUUUUGAAUUGAAUUCUGGGAUUGACCGGGAGCCAGUCAUGUGCUGGAAUAAAGGGGGUUCUGAUGACGAUGCGGGGCAGCUGAAUUCUGGACCAGUUGAAUUUUAUGGAGGGAUUUGUGAGGGAGACCAGAGAGGAGAGCGUUACAGUCGAGGCUGUGAACAAGGACUGAAGUUGCAUGGGGGUGUUAGGGAAGGGCGGAGUCCAUUAAUAUUGUGACAAAGAUGGAAAUAUGCGGGUGAUGACACCCAGACUCUUAACCCAGAGGGGAGGGGGGGAAACGGAGGAGCUGUCAAUGGCGAGGGAAAAACUGUCAACUUUGGAUAAUGUGGAGAGAACGAGGAUUUCUGUUUUAUCAGUGUUUCAUUUGAGGGAGUUAGAAGUGAACCAGGAUUUUAUUUCAGAUAAGCAGUCGGUGAGGGAGACGGGGUGGGAGUGUGGAGUUUGGCGAGCUGGAUAAAAAGCGCUGGGUGUCAUCAAGGACAGCGUGUGAUCUCACUUUGAGCAAAGAUUCUUCUCUGUCAGAGGUAACGAGUAGUUAGUAACCGUCUGUAGCAGGUGAACAAACGUGAUAACGCACACAGACACAAACACACUGGAUAAAGUGGAAGAGAUCAAAAUAUAAAAUACAGUGAAUAACAAAUGUAUGAGAUCACCCGUCAUAAAAAUGGUGUUAUUUUUUUGGCGAAUAACAAACUGAAUUCACCUUAUUUUAUUCUCAAAUGUGAGGCGGAGAUUAAUCAAGCUUAACGUUCAACCACUAAAACUAAUCUGUCUCCUCAGGGAUGCAAGUAAAUAACUAUAAUUUCACAUCUUAAUCAAGAAAUAAUAACAUGCUUCACAUUUGUUCUGGGGUUUAUUUUUUAUGAAACAGUCAGUUUGAACAUUCACGGAUAACAAUCAUCAUUUUUGUAUUUUAGCAUUACUUACUGGUGUAUUAACGUUUACAGAAACAUAAAGAAAUGAUUUCUGAUUAUUACCAAUGCUGUCAGUUUAGAGCAGCUGUGACUUUGGAUCUAAUACAUUUGUUAAGCACUGUAUCUGGUAUAGAAAAUCAGAAUUAUAAAAACAUGUAUGCAGAGUUGUAGUUCUCUCACAUUAAUUACAUUUGAUUUAAUGUUAAUUUAACCAGGAAAAACUGGCAUUGAGAUUAAAAAUCUCGUUUUUGUAAGUGUGCCCUGGCAAUUUAUUUCAAAAUGAUGUCGUGGAAUUGAGGAAAUUGCAGCUGAAGUUGUUAUUUUAUUUCAUUAAUUUGGGUAUCAUACUGUGAAAACACAAAAAAAUAUUAUAUAUUAUAUAAUAUUAUAUAUUAUUUCAUUUAUUAUGUAGUGUAAAUAACCAAACUUAAUUGAUACAGAGUUCAAAUUUAUACUUAAUUUUAGUGACUUCUCUUUCUUGCGUCUAUGCUGCUGAUGAAAGAAACUUUAUUAUGUAUGUAUAUAUAUAUACAGUAUAUAUAUAUAUAUAUAUGUGCAGAAAUUCGGUGGGAAACGACCAUAAAACUUGGCAAAGCCUUUGUUAAUGCAACUUAUUCACGCACAUCGUAUACAUUUCAAGGCUCGCUGUGGGUUUUAAAUCUCUGGAGGUGAAGAGAAAGGAGAAGCAUAAUGAACCUGUGCUGUGGCAUAAUUAUACUUAAGGGGAAAGGCAGCAUUUGGCUGCCUGUGCCUGCAGCAGCAGCAGCAGCAGCAGCAGCAGCAGCAGCAGCAGCAGCAGCAGCAGCAGCAGCAGCAGCAGCAGCAGCUCUCAUUGGACUGGCAGACAUAAUUUAACACCAGCUUUCUCGUCUGUGACUGAAAGGUCUUUACUUGAUCACUGCGGAGGGAAAAAAGAAAACACACACAACCUGUAACUGAAACGUCAAUAAGCAAAAACUCAAAAGAAAAAGAAAAAAAUAGAGUAGCCGUGACCUGUCGAGCUGAUGUGAAUCGUAGCAAGUCUGAAGGGCUCCUUUCCUAGUUAGAAUUUAAAUUAAACCAUGAAAAUGUUCAAAUCUAGGGCAGUUCACAGUUUUUUAAAAGCACAAAUGUCAAUAUUAGUAUGAAAUCUUCUAAAUGUCGUCAUUUAAGCACAACAUUUGUGUCAAUAAAAACAUUUUUUAGGCAGUGUGAUUAUAAAUUUGACUUUUUUCUUUCCUGUAGACUGUAAAGAUGGAUGGAUGAUGGCAGCCAAACCAUCUCAGUCGCCCCCUGGUGACUGGUUGUAGUAUAGGUCUUAAAGAGCUUAUGUACUACCUCAUAUAAGUAUAUUCGUAUAAGUGUAGAAUCAUUUUAAAUACUGUAUCACCGUAGCUACCAUGUUUCUUAAUUUUCAGGGGAUGUUACAAAAACGGAAAUUAUGUACGGCAGCUUCAGGUGUUUUUUUUGUUUGAUAGAUUACAUUUUAAUGAGAUAUUUAAUGUCAUAACAGCUGGAACUUACAAUUGCUAACAUUAGCUGUUAUUUACCCAUAAAUCCAAAUGUACUCCUCGUCAAAGUGGUUAAAAAUGCCAUCUCAUUCUGGACAAACCUUUAUAUCUCUCUAGGAAACUGGCCCUUGCAGAUUAAAAAAUGUAGCUUCAUGUUUACAAUUAGUAAACACGUGAGCAGAUGAGGGAGCAGCAGGUCACAACAACUGUUUUCUGUCAGCGUUCACGACAAACGACGGCUUUUUAAGAAUUUUUGAUUCAAGACAAAACAUCGUUUCAGACAAAAACCAACAGGGUCACGCCGCAGUCAUCGUAGAUGUGUGUAGAGAAGAAAACACUGUAGCAGGUCAUGACAACUUUCACACCGACAGCAUUUUGAUCGUGAUGUAUCUUUACAGUAGCUGCUUGUGUCGUGCUUUGUCGUUCCCCCCCGCCCCCCCCCGUGGAGUCGUGAGGAUAAAGCACGCAACAACAACAAAAAAUUAAAAUAUAUACGUAUAUAUAUAUAUAUAAAUAAAUAAAUAAGUAUAAAAAAGAAAAAAACAUAUCUAUGCCUGCCUGGAGAGUGUGCUGCAUCACAGGGAUCGUUCAACCUGUCGCACGUGAACAGGAGCGAGGAGACUUUUCAGAUGGUCUGAACAACACUUGCCUUCAUGUUUGACAUUGAAUGUGUUUUGUCAGUAUUUUCACUAAAAAAGAAGAAGAAGAAAAAAAAAAUCACUCUCCAUCUUCUCCACGUUCACGACAACAACAACAACAACGUAUUAUUAUUUUUAAGUGGUUUAUUUGUCAGUUGAAGGAAAUGUUCUUCGUUUCCAGAGUUGCAAAAUGAACACGUCACUGUGCAGAAGAUGUAAGAUUAAGGCAAAUUAAAACAAGUUUGUUUUGCAUAUUAAGUCAAAAAGGUGAGAAUUAGUAUAAACUUGAAGUCUACUAUCGUCUUAUGUCAGUGCUGAAGAUUUCCUCUACAAAAUGGAUUAUUUCUUGCAUGGACAUUAUAAUCCAUCCCAAUCUGGAUUUGUUGAACCAGAGGAGUUCAGUUUGUUGUGGACAUUUCAACAUUUUAAAGACUUUUAAAUGCAGAAAAUAAUCUUCUUGACAUUUCAAGUGUAUUCACAAAACUUGAAACUUUUAAAAUUUCAAAAUGCAAAAAACACACACACACUUUAUUCUUGCUCCAUUCUUGAAAUGCAAAAUCUUAACUAAUAUAAAUGGUUUACAGGUCAAUGAAUUGACAUAUACUUUAUUUUUCAGUAUUGUAAUUCUGUGCCUAUGAGGUUGUCCAAAUGAAUUAAAAAAGCAACCUCACACCUCAGUCACCUCAAAUCAAACUAAGAACAUUAUAUAUAGAAUUGAUUAUAGGCAGAUAAAGACAGAUAAGAUAUUUUCAGAGUCUGGAAUCGUCUGUGUUCGCUCACAGUAUUGUAAAAGGUCCAGUAUUGGUUGAGUAAAUGUUCAAGUUUUAGGUGAGUAUUUUAAAUUCAUAGUAUUUUAUCAUCGUUUUCAUGUCCUAAAACAUUUCAUAAAAUAAAAAAAAAAACACUCACACGUCAGACUGUGAAUGAACCGAUUAUCAUCGACACGUUUUAUUUCAAAGUGUUUCGAAUAAAAAAAGUAUUGUUGACCGAGUCUGUGGUUCGUGGUGUGCCAGCUUCAUCUCGAGGCGUCAGCUGGUGAAACGUUUCUUCAACGGGCCAAAAAAACACCUUGAGUUUGUUAUUGUACAAGUGAAUUAUUUGUCCUUGGAAUUGUAAAAUGCCUGUGUUGCUGUUUAUUGGAUUAUACCAUUGGGAGAUGUCUAUAACCUUGAAUAAAGAUUGUAUGUAAAUUUGAA